AUGGGUGAAGCGCUAUCUCGUGAUCUGGUCAUUAGAGGAUGGCAGGUUGCCAUGGCCGACAUACAAGCGAACGAAGAGCUGUCGAAAGAGCUAGGGGAGAGUGCGGCCUUCUUCCGAUGCGACAUCGCGGACUACGAAAGUCAAGCGCAGACAUUCCAGGCAGUAUGGGACAAGUACGGCCGACUGGAUGCGCUUUGCGCAAAUGCGGGAAUAAUCGACAGAUCAUCCAUAUAUAUACUGAACCACCGAGAUUCGGAUAAACUGCCGCCAAAACCAGAUCUUCUGUGUACCGAUGUGGACUAUAAGGGCGUUGUAUACGGAACGGUCCUCGCCAUCCAUUUCAUGAGGAAGAACGAAACACCAGGCGGAAAAAUUGUCGCCACGGCCAGCUGUGCAGCGCUGUAUCCGCAUGAAACCUAUCCCGAGUACGAUGGAGCAAAGGCCGCGGUGCUGAACUUCGUCAGGGCUACGUCUCGAGUCCUGAAGAUUAAGGACAACAUAAACAUCAACGCAGUGCUGCCCGGCAUUGUACACACGAAGAUUAUACCCCAGGAGAUGAUAGAUGCGGUCUCUCCAGAAUGCUUAACGCCGGUUGGCCAGAUUGUCAAGGCCUACAGCAAGUUCCUUGAUGACAAAGAAGGCAGUUACGUUGGUGAGGCAAUAGAAUGUUCAGUGGAUAAGCACUGUUGGGUACCACGGCCGGAGUACCUGAACGGAAUGUUCACGAAGAGGGCAGUGACCGUAUGGGAUCCAUUGUUCAAGAUGUACCAUGGCGAGCUGUCAGAGCUACCGGACGCAAUCCCUUAG